UUAUAAUUAUACAUUUAUAUAAAUAAUAUAUAAUUAUUAUAAACAUAAAUAAAUCACCAUGCCAUUUCUACAUCUCUACACAACACUACCGGCCCAUCGGGUGCCGCAAGACUUUUCUCAAAAGACUGGUGUAUUGUUAAGUCAAUUGUUGGGCAAACCGGCGGAGAUAAUCAACAUUCACGUAAUUACCGAACAAAACAUUUACCAAGGCACUGAUCCGGAUCGUCUAAAGCCUAACGGGUAUGCAGUGAUCCGUUCAGUCGGUACCGGCAGUCCCGAUGAUAUCAAGCGCACAAUAGCCGAGUUGACGGCACACGUGAAACAGACGUUGGGUAUCGACGAGAAACAGUUUUUUGUGUUUAUCAUUGAUGUUGAUCCUAACCUUGUUGGUAAACAUGGAAAAGUAUUGGCCGACUUGUUGAUUUGCCCAAGUAAAGGUUAUUGACAUGAU